AUGGUUCAUCAACUAUCCUUGGUUUCUUCGAUUCCACAUAAUAAGUAUUUGCAAACAAUUUCUACUCUACAAGCAUUGACUGGUUUAAUUCAACCCGAAUCAAUUUCCACAUACACAUUACUUGCAAAGCCAUCAUAUGCAUUCAAGCCCAAGUUUGAGCCUGGGAAAGUCAAUCAGAUCGAACAAUAUUAUAUGAGAUGUAUAACCACAUGGAAUUCAGAUAAACAGGGAGAUGAUGAGAAGGUUGAAAAGGGAUUCGAUAUUCUGGAACCGUUUAUAAACAAGGAAUCAAACAUUGUAGUAAGAAAAUUGUUUACGGAGGAAGACAGUGUUGAAAGGGUUUGGACAUUACAAGUAAGUGACAUCCCUGUAGCCGGUAAGAACCAGGGAUGCUGUCAACAACAAAUAUAUGAAAGUACGUUAGUGCACACCCAUACAGCAAUUGAGAUUAAAGUUGGGAAUGGUGAUCCAAUAGAUAUAGAUACAAACAAUGAUAAACAGGGUGACAAUAAUACCGAUAAACCGAAACAAGAACACGAUGGUAAACUUCCAGAGGCAAUCGAUGAAGACAUAAUAAAAAAUGGAGAUGAAAAAAAGACUACGCAUGAUGACAAUGAUUCUGAUAUCAUGGAAAUUGAUGAGCCAAACCCUGAAACACAGACCCUUCCACAGUCAUUAUCAAACGGUGUAUCACAGAGGACGACUAGGAAAGACUCAUUCUUAAUCUUUCUUUCUGACUUGGGAUACGAGGUGAUAAACCAAUAUUGGCAGAAAGGAGUUCGAUUUUUCUACGGUGACAUAAUUAUAGAGAUAUAUAAAAUAUUCAUCAGAGAUGAGAGCAGCCAAGCUGAUUCAAAUGAAGGAAUAAAAUUGAAAUUGUUAGAUGAUUCAAAUCAAUUUCAAAUCAAAGCAUACAUUAAUAUUAACAAAUCCACCGAGAUUGACUCAAUUAACCUGGGUGUCAAAGAACUAAUCAAAUUGCAAGAGUUUCUUAAAAAUUUAUUUGUAUUAGAGAUUCCCGACCGAAUGUUCAUGGACAGCAGAAUCAAGCAGUAG